AUGUCCUCCACCGUGAACAACGGGGCGGCCAGCGUGCCGUCCCCACCCGACGCGGCGAACGGCUUCCCGCAGCCGGGCGCCUCGUCGGGGGCCUGGCCGCGGGCAGAGGAGGAGCUGCGCGCCGCGGAGCCCGGCCUGGUGAAGCGCGCGCACCGCGAGAUCCUGGACCAUGAGCGCAAGCGGCGCGUGGAGCUCAAGUGCAUGGAACUGCAGGAGAUGAUGGAGGAGCAAGGGUACUCAGAGGAGGAGACCCGGCAGAAGGUCAGGACUUUCCGGCAGAUGCUGAUGGAGAAGGAGGGAAUGCUCACCAGGGAGGACCGGCCUGGGGGCCACAUCGUGGCGGAGACCCCGCGGCUGAUCGAGGGCGCCGAGCUGGGCCUGGAGUACGCGCCCUUCGACGAGGACGACGGCCCGGUGGACUGCGACUGCCCCGCCUCCUGCUACCGCGGGCACCGGGGGGACAGGACCAAGCACUGGUCUAGCAGCUCUGCGUCUCCCCCUCCCAAGAAGAAGAAGAAAAAGAAAGGCGGCCACCGGAGAAGCCGCAAAAAAAGGAGACUAGACUCUGAGUGCAGCUGUGGGAGCUCCUCACCCCUUCGCAAGAAGAAGAAGAGUGUGAAGAAACACCGCCGAGACAGGUCUGAAUCUGGGUCCCGGAGGAAGAGGCGGCACAGAUCUCGAAGCCCCAAGAGCAAAAGAAAAGAAAAGAACAAAGAAAGGAAAAGGCCACACGCAGAGUCUCCAGGCCGCAGGUCCCAUCGUCACAGCAGCGGCAGCUCCCACAGCCCCUCCCUGUCCUCCCAUUACAGUAAUUCCAGAUCACCCAGCAGGCUAAGCCCCAAGCACCGAGACGACGGGCGGAAGACGGGUAGCCGGCGGUCCAGCGGGAGCCGGUCGCCGUCCCCAUCCGGCGGCAGCGGGUGGGGGUCGCCCCAGCAGAACGGUGGCAGCAGGCAGCGGAGCGGAGCGCACGGGGGCCGCCCGGGCUCGGCGCAGAGCCUGCUCGAUGUACGUACGCUUGGCUUUGCGGAGGGUUCCCGCGCCGAGCGGGGUCGGGGGCGGGGCGGGGUCGCGCCGGGUCGCCGCGGGGUAGGGGCCAGUGAGUGCGAGGGGGCCGGCCGCUCCCCGCUCCCCGGGGCCCUGCCCCGCACCGGAGCGGCCAGGAGGGCCGGGUGGUUUCGCCCCGCUGGCCUUAGUGUCGGGCGCCGCAGGGGCCGCCGGCGCGCCCGGCCCGCGCCGCUCCGGGGUUCGUCGCGCUCGCUCAGCAGGGCCCGCUCCAGCAGCGACUCGGGCGGCGGCGCCCCCGACCCCGGGCCCGAGCCCGGCUCCGAGCGAGGCCACGGCGGGCACGGGAAACGGGCCAAGGAGCGGGCCCCGCGCGCCCGGCCCGCCAGCUCCUCGCCGUCCCCGGACAGGCACGGCGGGCCCGAGGGGAGGAGCUCGUCGCGCAGCCCGGGCCCGCACCCGCGCUCCUGGAGCUCCAGCCGCUCGGCCUCCAAAUCCCGCUCGCGCUCGGCAGAGAAGAGGGCCCGCAGCCCCAGCCGCUCGCCGUCGCCCAAGAAAACCCUGGGUCGGGACAAGGACGCGGAGAGCCGCGCGAGGCACGCCGAGGCCGAGGCCGCCCGCGCCCGGCGCCGCUCCCGCAGCUACUCGCCCAUCCGCAAGCGGCGCCGGGACUCGCCCAGCUUCAUGGAGCCGCGGCGCAUCACCAGUGCCCGGAAGCGUCCCAUCCCCUACUACCGACCCAGCCCCUCGUCCUCCUCCAGCUGCCUGAGCAGCGACUACUCAAGCCGGAGCCCCAGUCACAGCCCCAGCCCCGGCCACAGCCACGGAAGCUACAGCAGCCGCAGUCGGACCCGCAGCCGCACGCGAAGUCCCUCCCAGACCCCCACUCCCAGCUACCACAGCCGGAGCAGCUCAGAGAGUGGGGGCUUCUGAGCCCAGCGAACCCAGCUUCAUGCCCCCUGGCACAGGGCAAGGCCAGGGCUCUGGCCCCAGGAGCCGUGGGAGGCGGUGGGGCCUGCACCCCACUGCGACAAAGAGGUCCCGGGACAGGGGAAGACCUUGAGGGUGGUGGGUGCCCUGAAGACAAAGAGGAGCUGGAUUCUGCUGCUUCUAGAGGGUCCCCACCCCACCUCCUGUUCACCCACCCAGUCCAGGGAACAAAGAGCCGUUUUGAACACAGGGAUCAUCACCCUUUCCUGCUUGAUGCCAGCUCACCAGGCUGAGGACCUCAGUCCAGUGGAGCCAGGGACACCCUCUUAAAAGUGCCAGACCUGGGAGCCUCCCCUGCCACUCCAUAGGGCCCUCAGUUCCUCUCCAGCGCUGGGCCGACACGGAGUGGGACAGCAGGCUGGAGCUAAGUUAGACAAAAGGAGGGACGGCCUAACCCUUGGUGCACCACCCUCCAGGCUGGGGAACCCCUUCCUUCUGAGCUGGCUGCAGGAGGACCCUGGCUGCAGGCUGGAGGCUGGCCCCACGGCCUCCGCAAACCCCUUCCCUGGCCCAAGAGUGCCCAGACUGGGUGGGGCCCCUGAGCCUCAGCCUGUGGGCCCAGGGAGCUCACCCUUGGCCCCACCUCUCCAGGCCAGGCUCUCCCCUCCAGCCGUUGCCCCGUGCUCUUCUGGGCCAGGGCUUUGCCAGCCAGGCCAUCUGCGUGAUCCGAGGUGGGCCCUACAGACCCCAGCUGCCUCUGACGCUGAGAUCAAACGGGGUCUGGGUCAGGAGGUGGAAGAGAGAAGGGGGGGAUGGAGGAGGAGCCUGUGGGGGGGAAAGCAGUGCAGUGGGAGGACCAAGCGGGCUCCGGAGCCCCGGCGUGCCCCGUGGCUGGGACCUGGGCCAGGUGGCGCAGGCAUAGGAUGACGUGCACUCCAGGGUGUGCCCACGCGAGCAGGGAGCCAGGGGGAGCACUCGUUCCUCCUCUCCCAGAGAGGGGUGCUACAGCCCUUCGAAGGAAGGGUAGACUCUAGACUGAGGGUGGUGGCCUGGGGCACGGGCAGACGGACGGAUGGGGAAACGGUGAGCCCCCAGCCCUCUCCUGCUGCUCCCAGCCCGCUCCUCCCGGGGCCCUCAGGGAUCUCACAAAGUCUUCCUUGGCCCAACAGGGCAGACGCCCUGGGCUCCAGUGGGGGGAGGGGUCUGGGGUCUGAUCCGGGUUUCCUCCCCCCACCCCCAAUUUCCGCUUCCUUCUCCGCGGUGCGGACAGAAAUUGGACUCUAAAUAAUAAACACUCGGUGCCCGGACGGCAGGUGGUGAGA